AUGGAACCUCCAAAGGGGUUUUUGGCUUCUUUAUGGAGCUUCAUUAUCUUUCUGCCUUUCUUCCUUGGGCUUCUGCUUCUUGGAACCAUUAAAGGUAUUGUUUUCUGCCCGUUGGUAUGCCUGAUCGUGACCAUUGGAAACUCUUCCAUAAUUUUUGGUCUUUGGCCACUACAUGUUGUCAGGACGUAUUAUUCAAUUUUGAGAGCAAAACAAGUAGGGCCAAUGCUGAAGCUUGUGGUUUGCAUAUGCCUACCAACUCCCCUGAUUUCGUGGCUAGUUCUUGGCAUUGUUGGGAGUAUCAUAGGUGGAGCACUCUAUGGAUUUCUUUCCCCAAUAUUUGCCACUUUUGCUGCUGAUGGAACUUGGGACACUGUUAAAGGGAGUUUCACUGUUGUCAGAGAUUUCAAAGAUGUUUGUUAUCAUUCUUACUUCUCACUUUUGGAUGACCUGCGACAUGGGGCUACAGAUGGGAAAUAUUAUGAAAUCAGAUUGCUUCAUCUUCCCAGUGCUGUCAUUGCUGGUUCACUUGGUAUCAUUUGCGACUUUUCACUGAUCUCACUUAUUGCCAUCUGCAAAAGCCCAUACAUGCUCUUUAAGGGGUGGCAUCGAUUGUUUCAUGACCUUAUAGGGCGGGAAGGUCCUUUCUUGGAGACGAUAUGUGUACCUUUUGCAGGUCUUGCUAUACUCCUCUGGCCAUUGGCUGUUGUUGGGGCUGUUUUGGGUUCCAUGGUAUCAAGCAUCUUCCUUGGUGCUUAUGCAGGCGUGGUUGUUUAUCAGGAGUCUUCGUUUUGGUUUGGGCUUUGCUAUAUUGUCGCAUCCUUGGCCAUUUAUGAUGAGUACAGCAAUGAUGUUCUUGACAUGCCAGAAGGAUCUUGGAUUCCAAGGCCAAAAUACCGAAAGGAUACCAAGCUGACCAAGGCCAGCUCCACUGCAGCUUCUUUUUCAGAGUCUGCUUCUGUUCGAAAUCCUCCUUCCCGCACAGUUUCAUUCAAUCAUCCUAUGGUUGAUCUUAAGCCUCUUGAGCUACUUGAUGGCCUUUUUAAAGAGUGUCAACACCAUGGUGAGAUUUUUGUUUCUGAAGGACUAAUUACACAACAAGACAUUGAAAAUGCCAAGUCUGGUAAGGGUAGCAGAGUGAUUAGCAUUGGUUUACCAGCUUAUUGCAUUCUUCAGGCACUGUUGCGCUCUGUGAAGGCCAAUUCUUCGGGGGACAAUGUCACAGAGAUAACUAGCACAAACAGACCCAAAGAUACCUUCUAUGAUUGGUUUCUUAACCCCUUUUUGAUCAUCAAAGACCAGAUUAAAGCAGAAAACCUUUCUGAGGAAGAAGAGGAUUAUCUCGGAAGAUUAGUAUUGUUGAAUGGUGAUCCCACAAAGUUGAAAAGUUCAAAUAUUGGCCCCCCACCAGAGUCUGAGCGUAAACGUGCCGAACUUGAAGCGCUAGCUCGAAGGCUUCAAGGGAUUACCAAAUCUGUCUCGAGGUAUCCUACUUCAAGACGGUGUUUUGACAAUCUUGUGCAGACCUUGUCAGAAAAUCUAGCCAAGAAGAAUGGUGAUAUCACAUCAAGCAAUGGGCCUCAAACAAUUCCGAGAUCAAAAAGUGCCUUUGCCAGGGUGUUUAGCCAGAAGUCUUUUAAAAAGAAAACAAGCUUUAAUGGUUCUUCUGAUCAGGAGACAGAAUCAGUUUCCCCAAGGGAUGUGGAAAUUGUAUGA